AUGGACGUGAGGGGUCACUGGGGUGGACAUUACUGGGUGGUCCCCCAGGACGAGCUGGCGGCUGCCACUCCCCCGGUCCGGCGGCUCCGGGAGCACCUGGCGGCCACGCCCAACCCCGCCCUGCUCUGGUCUAUGUACACCAGCCGUGGCGACCUAGGCCUGGAGCGGAGCGGAGCCGGGAGCCUGCGCUGCCCAGUCCUGCUGGUGGUCGGUGACAACUCCCCCCAUGAGGACGCUGUGGUGGAGUGCAACGCCAAACUGGACCCGACGCAAACGUCCUUCCUGAAGAUGGCCGAUGGUGGAGGGCAGCCUCAGAUCGCCCAGCCCGGCCGGCUGACCGAGGCCAUUAAGUACUUCCUGCAGGGCAUGGGCUACAUGGCCGCCUCCGCCAUGACGCGCCUGUCCCGCUCCCGCACCGGCUCCGUCACCGUUGGGGAGGGGGAGCGCGGCCGCAGCCGGACCCUCAGCCGGGGCAGCACCGGCGGAGGGGCCGUUCCUCCCCCCACCAACCCCUGAGGGACUCCCCCUUUUCCCCGAAAUAUUAACUGGGAAUUCUCCCUGAGCCCUGGAACCCCCUGGGGACGCACCUUGAGGCCUCCAGGCCCCAAGAUCUCCCUGGGACCCCCAGUGGCUCCCACGACACCCUGGGAUGCCCCUGGGACUGCCUCCCCCACCCUCUGGAAACCCCUCCCCAUGCGACCCUCAGGACCCCACCAAAAACUCCGGGCCCCGCUCCCAGAGUCCUUCCGGGACCUCCCACAGCCCUCCCCACCCUCCCCAGGAAAGCCGAGGGACCCUCACAGGGCCCCCGCGGUGGCAAUAAAGGGACAAAGCAGUGACAGUACCGCCUCCGCUGUGUCCGGCACCGGGUCACGGGGGUUCCGCGGCUGCCGAGCCUGGGGAGGGAGUGAGCGGGGUGGUGUCUGUAAAGAGCAGGGAGGGGGGAAAGAGAGUUAAGGGUGUAAAGUGACACGGCUGGGAGCAGGGACACGGCGCUAAAAGGAGCGGCUGCCGUGCAGGCCGGCGGCUGAGAAGAAUGACAGCAGCGGACCCUGAGAGCAGCCCUGGCUCCGCCCACCCGAGCGCCUCGCGCUCCCAUGGGCCGCAGCCUCAAAGCUUCCGCCAAUCCCGGCCCGCCUUGCUCCGCUCUGGCCAAUCACAGCCGCCCUUUGCUGUAAACUAACCAAAUUGCUAAGAAUACAAUUAGUAAGAUUAUCACACUCUCAAUGAUAGAUGUAAUCCAUGAACUCACAUUCCACCCUAACCCUUUGAAGAUUUUGCCUAACCAAUUUAUAGUCAAAUCCUUUUGCUCUUCCUGUUCUCCAUGCUCUAUUUGUUGCAACUGAUUGAGGUCAUAUUCUACAUCUGCAGUCACAUUUGGGAUGUGGACGCAGCAAUGAUCAAUCUAUCCCUUAAAAAACCCACACACUCCAUGUUCUUUCAGGAAUAAUAAAGUUGUAAUUGUACGUUUAGUUCUUUA